CACGAAAUGCAUGCUGCUACCAAAGCGGCUACACUACUGCAGCACGGAGGGUGGGUGACAAAGCACAUUAGCUUGUUGUAUUAUUGCAAAGAUAAGAUUUUACACCGGUCGCAGAAGGGAGCUCUUGUAUAUUCUGUAAUCAAGACGCCGCUUGACCGCAUGCGUGCACACGUGAGUGUGGCAUCGAAAAUCGCGACCGCCGGCUUUCGCAACAACUACAUGAAGCACGUUCAGAUGAGUCAGCAGAUGGCCUCGGCUUUUCCUCAGAACCAGAGGAGCGCAUCCAUGUCCCCACGCAGCGAAUUGAAUCGUGCCCGAUCACCCGGAGAAAUGAGCACGCCUUCUGGGGGCGGACCACUAGGUAGUGCAGAAGCUGUAUCCUCUGACUACAUGGGUCCGCCUUUUGCGCGACUAUCUCCGCCAUCGACUCUUCCCGC